UAACUAUUAGAAGCUAUAGGAAUUUGAAAAGUUCUGGAAUUUAAUUUGAAACGGUUGCUCUAUCACUGUCACUGAGUCCUUCAAAUGAAGCCUUCAAUGGUGAACUCAAAACUCUUCUUCUUCUUCACUCUACUCAUCUUCUUGUUCAUCAUGUUUGCACUACACAAACAACGUCAGCUAGAUCAACUCAAGUCAAGGGUUUCACUAUUAGAAUCCAGCAUUGAGAACAGGGAGCAUGAAUUGCGAAAUAAGGAGACUUUUGAAAAAGAAAUUGCAUCUUUGAAGGAUAGGGUUGACUCUAUUCAGUUGCAGGACAAGUCUGAUAUAGGCCAGUGUGGCACCAAUGAUCAGCUGAAGGAGGAAAGCAUACCAAAUGUAAAGCCUCUCUUUGAUUUUCUAACUGCUAGAACUCUUGAGGCCUACCAUGUGUUCAAGAAAACUUUAUUAUCACUUCUUGUCAAAUUCCUAAAAUCUGCAAUACCAUACAUGCAGAAAUUGUACCUUUCUGCCAUGCCAUCUUUUGAUCAAACUGUAUCAGUGAUAAAGAUUUUCCUUGCUUACUCAAGAAAAAUAAUUACCUUUUUACUCAACAUACUCAAGGAGCGACUGAAUGAUUUACUUCAAGAAAACUUGGAGGGAGCAGCUUAGCAAUGAUUGUAAAGGACUCAGAUGCAACAUCAUUAGUGUGUAAUUUAUGAUAGUGUAGGAUCUUGGUUGAACUGUUUUCCAUUCAGUUUUGCUUUAUGUUGAAAGGUGCUAUAUUAUUCUC